AUGGAGUCUCAAAUUAUUGGAGAUCAGAAAUAUGAUAUGCUCAACAGAGAUGUUGUAGUAGGAACUGUCCUUCCAUACACGGAAAAUGGUCACCAUCGUGACGCAAUCCAUCCUUGGCAGCAACCAUUGGGACAAAAGGAUUGUAUUAAGUCAGAAGAUAAGAUUACAGGGGACAAAGACCAUCCCAUGGAUGAGUGUUGUGCCAAUACCCUUAUUGAAGCAAAGCAGUUCUGUCCUCUCGGGUCCUAUCUCAUGUAUCAAACAAGGCUGUUACGAAUGUUCCUUGUGUAA